UGUGACAUUACUGUCACUGAAGAGAAAGUCGAGGUCAUCGAGGGCGAUAAAGAAUCGCAGGCUCCGCCCGUCCAGGACGGCGACCACUCUGCUGCCAUCGAGAUAGUUGACUCCAGAGUCUCCACUCCGAUCCCUCUGCGGCCCAGGAGCCCGUGGGGCGUACACGACCCCUACCGCUCGCAGGAGGAGAUUGGGAGGGCGUUUGUGGGCUUUGCCUCUCUGCCUCACCAGAUUCACAGGAAGAGUGUGAAAAAAGGCUUUGACUUCACACUCAUGGUAGUAGGGGAAUCAGGCUUGGGGAAGUCCACCCUGAUCAACAGCCUGUUCCUGACUGACCUCUACAGUGGCCGGACUCAGCCCUCUGCUGACGAGAAGAUCAUGAGGACCGUGAGCAUCGGCAAGAAGACAGUGGACAUCCAGGAGAAGGGCGUCAGGUUGAAGCUCACUCUGGUGGACACGCCGGGCUUUGGGGACGCGCUGGACAACACGGAGAGCUUUUAUCCAAUACUGGACUACAUUGAUCAGCAGUUUGAGCAGUACCGCAUGGAUGAGAUGGGCAUGCACCGCACGCAGAUCAGAGACCAGCGCGUCCACUGCUGCCUCUACUUCAUAUCUCCAUAUGGACACGGUCUUAAACCCUUAGAUGUGGAGUGCAUGAGACAGCUGCAAGACAAGGUCAACAUCAUUCCUGUCAUCGCUAAAGCCGACUGCCUCACCCCGGCCGAACUGCGACACAAGAAAGACCUAAUCCGGUGUGAGAUUGACCACUAUCAGAUCAAGACCUUCCAGUUCGCAGACUGCGACUCUGAUGACGACUCUGAAUGGGUAAAACAGGACAGCGAUAUGAAGAGCAGCAUCCCCUUCGCUGUGGUGGGGAGCACUACAGUGGUGAGAGACAGCAUGAGGAACAUCAACGUCAGAGUGCGGCCUUACCCAUGGGGCAUGGUCGAAGUUGAGAACCCGGCCCACAGUGACCUGGUCCACCUGCGCUCCAUGCUGGUGAGGACCCACAUGCAGGACCUGAAGGAGAAGACCAACGACCAGCUCUACGAGCAGUAUCGCAUCAGCUGCAUGUAGCUAACCAGCUAUACGAGCAUCAGCUGCAUGUAAUACAGGGAUGAAGUCAUCUAGACAGAGGAGUAUCAUGGCGGCAUCAAUAAACUGCAUUCAAUCAAUUCUCAA